AUGGCAUCGACCUCCAUGGACGCAAAGGGAGAGAAACAGAGACGUGGAUUUUGGAGAGGAAUUUUCUUUUAAUUGUUUUGGACGAAAGGAAAACGAAGGAAGAGAAAUCUUGACAAUGGACGUUUGGUCGACGCAAUAUUCUCACUCAAUUUGUCAGAUCUAGAGUGAAUGUAUUAGACACGGUAUAGAGAAAAGUAUUGGGAUUGAAGGACAGAAACUGAAGAUGAACUGAAGAUGAAGAAGUUAUGUUUUAGAUCGUUUGCCACUUGCAAUGGGAAAAAAAAAAAAAUUAGCUCUUCCAUCAACAAAUGACAGCGAAGCUUGUUGGGAACAUCCAUUAGAGAGUAGGGCGAAUACUUCUAUCGGUGAUGAGGCUGGAAGUAGUCCCCAAUGUUCCAAGGACUUGUCUUCCAAGUCCAGGAAGCAAAUAGAUGAUAGUGAAAGGUCCAGCACCAGUCCUAAACUUAGAAGGACAUGGUCAUUAUCUUCCGCUGCAUUUAGAGACCAAGGUCAAAUAAACUUUUAUAGUUCGAGUGAUCCAAGUAGAUCUCCUGGUAAUGCUAGCAGUGGCUCCAGACGGCAACAUGAACAGUCAUCUUGUCCAUCUCGAGAGAUGAAAUUCAAGGUAAAGCAUGCGCAGAUGGAAAUGCCAAAUGAUUACCAUAGCUCGGGACCUGUUAGGCCAUGCUCCAGAACUUGCUAUGAUUCUUCAGGAAAUUCUUCCACUAGCUCCAGUACUGUUUCAAAUGGAGUCUUAGCCCGCUACAUUGAUGGUGAACAACAUCGGGGAAUAAAUGGAUCCAUGAAUAAGUAUUCUCAGAGAAGUAACGGGUGGCGGCCUCCUCGAGCACAGUGUCUGCCACCUUCUUCAACAACAGCUAGAAUUGCAGAUAAACCCAGAUUCUAUUCAUCAAGAGAAGCUAAAUGUUCUCUUCCUCGUUUCUUGUCUGAAGAAGUGGGAGAAUAUGGAUUUGGGAAUGACUCACCUCGAAGUAUUGCAGAGACCGUUGUUAACAGACUCUCACAACAUCAUGCUGUGCCUAAAGCGACCUCUAAAGAGCUUGGUGAAAAUAUACCCAUCAAAGUUACAGACAAUGGGAGUGAGAGUGGUGAUAUAACCAUCAAGUUGGAUAGUGAAAUGUCAACUCGUGUUUACCAUCUUCAAAAUCAAGGUCUGGUAUUGCUAAAUGAGAGUACUCAAUUUUGUUCCAACUUACUUGAGUUCAUCAAAGAGAAAGUUGGUCGGUUUCAUCCAACCGAGCAUAGAAUAGAGCAUAUCAAGAAUUGUUUGGAUGGACAAUUUUUUCUUGAAUCUGAAACGAAAAUUCGGGGCUUCAAGCAUAGGAUUGAGAGCUUGACAAUGAGUUUACAGAAACUAUCUAUAUUGUUGCAAGCAAAGUCUGAUCCCAGUUCUCUGAGUUCUGGUGUAGACAAUGCACUACAACUCAAUAGUCAAUAUCCAGAGGAUGGUUUAAGAUCUGAGCUAGAAGCAGAAACUUUAUUUUCAAGACUAUUGAGAGAGAAACUAUACUCUAAGGAGCUGGAAGUGGAGCAGUUGCAAGCUGAACUGGUGACAGCAGUAAGAGGGAAUGACAUACUAAAAUGUGAAAUCCAGAAUGUAAUGGAUAGCCUUUCCUGCCUUACUCAUACGAUGAAAGAUCUCGAACUUCAGGAUUAUUUGUCAAAGCUACAGGCAUUGGAAGAGAACAUCUUGCUGAAGGAAGGUCAGAUAACAAUCUUGAAAGACACACUUGGGAGUAAAUCUAUUGAAUUUCUUGCUCCUCCCAGUUCUAUGUGGGAAUUUCGACUGCAGUAAAAAAAAAUGGAGGAUUUUGCUGCUGUAUGAAGUGAACAAUUUUGGGUAUCUUCAUGAGCGAAAGGUAAAUUUUUGGUAUGGAGUUACUCCACUGAUUGCCAUUUAUUAUAUUUAGGAUCAUUUUUAAAAAAAUGUACU